CACAGGACAAAGGAGGACAACUGGGGAGGGCUGAGGCCCCCGGGUGUGUUCUGACCACACACAUUUAGGUCACACCAGGAUGUCGGACACGGAAGAGCAGGAGUACGAGGAGCAGCAGGAAGAAGAAGAAGCUGCUGAAGAGGAGGAGGAAGAAGAGGAACGCCCCAAACCCAGUCGUCCUGUGGUGCCCCCGCUGAUCCCCCCCAAGAUCCCAGAAGGGGAACGCGUUGACUUCGAUGACAUCCACCGGAAGCGCAUGGAAAAAGAUCUGCUCGAGCUGCAGACGCUCAUCGACGUGCAUUUUGAGCAGCGGAAGAAAGAGGAGGAGGAGCUCAUUGCGUUGAAAGAGCGCAUUGAGCGGCGCCGAGCCGAGCGGGCUGAGCAGCAGCGCUUCAGAACCGAGAAGGAACGCGAGCGGCAGGCCAAACUGGCGGAGGAAAAGAUGCGGAAGGAAGAGGAGGAGGCCAAGAAGCGGGCGGAGGAUGAUGCAAAAAAGAAGAAGGUUCUGUCCAACAUGGGGGCCCAUUUUGGGGGUUACCUGGUCAAGGCGGAACAAAAGCGGGGUAAGCGCCAGACAGGGCGGGAGAUGAAACAGCGGAUCCUGUCUGAGAGGAAGAAGCCCCUGGAGAUAGACUACAUGGGCGAGGACCAGCUCCGGGACAAGGCCCAGGAGCUGUCCGACUGGAUCCACCAGCUGGAGUCGGAGAAGUUCGAUCUGAUGGAGAAGAUGAAGCAGCAGAAAUACGAGAUCAACGUGCUGUAUAAUCGCAUCAGCCACGCGCAGAAGUUCCGGAAGGGGGCCGGGAAGGGCCGCCUGGGAGGCCGCUGGAAGUGA